AGUUCUCAGCUAAAAAAACCAUUAUUCAUUAUUUUUCAUUUCAGUUUUAUUCUUGCAUUCGCACGUAGAAGAUAUUGUGAAAAGUUAACCUGACAUCAAAAUAGUUUAUUUGUAAAUACUACUGAGAAUAAUUAUGAUAUAGUAGAACUUUAUAUUCGGCUUAAUAUUCUGUAUUUAUUAUAAAUAUAGAAUGUGGUGUUUCUUGUUUUUCUUCCAAUUUUUUCAUGUGAGUGUGACUUCAGUGUAAUGCUGGAGGUGGAUGGAAAAUGUCAGAGCCAAUAUAUAUGAAUUCCAUGGGAAUAUCUCACUUUUCCUAUUGCAAAUGUGGAUAAGUGGCCAAAUUGUGGCGAUUUAGUGUGAAUAUAAGUAGUCUCGAUGGUAAUAUUGUGUGAAAAAGUUGCCUGUGCAUUUCUCUCACAUAUUUUCUGAGAUUCCUCACGCACUCUACACAACACAUUCACCCCAGAUGCUGUGACCCCCAGUGAGAAUCUGAGCAUCCUAAAGAAAGGAUCUAUACUAACCAUCCAGUGAUCAUGAGUCGAAAUGACUGCAGGAAAUUCUCUGCCAACAUCUUCAACGUGAGCAAGUGCAGUCACUGUUUUCGCCAACGGGAGGAGCACAGUCUAAAAGCUUUGGAAUCUAAUCGUUCCACGAGGAAAGUCACGAAAUGCGGCUAUUUGUUUGUUGCACCUGAUUGGGAUUUUAUCACAAACCCUCUUUAUAGAACGAAGAGGUGGCAGCGCAGAUGGUUUGUGUUGUACGACGAUGGAGAUUUAACAUAUUCCGUCGAUGAACAUCCAGAAACGAUUCCCCAAGCAUGUAUUGAUAUGUCAUCUGUCGUAGAGGUGACGUGGGCAGAAGAGAUCACAGGACAUCUUUAUUCAUUAGCAAUUCGAUGUCCUGAUAAAGUGACUUUCGUGAAAGGAACAUGUUCCGAGGAGUCAAAUUGGUGGUUCAAUGUUUUGGCGGCAUUUCCCAAAAUAAAAGUGCGUACCAAAAGAACCAACAAAUUACCUAGCGGUGGAAUGUAUGGCAAUCAAGAUAAGGCUCGAUUUUCACUGCCGGAUGUGGAGAAUCAGAGGGAGGAAAAAGUGCCUAAUUUGGGAAAUAAUAGUCUCGAAGAAUAUUUUUGUAAAUCAUCCAGUCGUCCAAUAUCUCUUCCAAUCUCGUCAAAUGCCCCAGCAAUUGUGUCUGCCAUUGUAAAAGGAAGUGGUCAGGGUGUUAAUCUAAUUAAUAAUAAAUCAAGCCCUCUGAGUUUACGACAAACAUCAAAUCAUGAACGUGGUGAUCCUGAUGGAUGCAAUUUGGACUCAGAGUCCACAGCGAAUUUUAUGUCAGAAAGUCUUAUACAUGAAAAGAAAGGAUGGCUCAUGAAAUUGGAUAAUAAGAGUCGUGAAUGGAGCAAACAUUGGUUUACAUUGCGUGGAGCAGCCUUAUUUUUCUAUCGUGAUCCCAGUGCCGAAACCAAAGGUGUACUCGAUGGGGUCAUUGAUGUGAAUAGUCUCAUAGAAGUUGUACCUGUGUCCGUAUCUAGAAACUAUGCUUUUCAGCUUACUACAUGGGAAAAAAAUCAAAUUACCCUUUCGGCCAUAGCUGAUAGUGUGAGAUGUGACUGGAUUAAGCUGUUACGUGUGGUGGCAGGUAUCACAAGCAAAACGACUGAGAAGCCCUCAAGCAGAAAUCCUUAUGAACUGAUAGAAAAUACGAGUCUAGAGAAGGAUAUUCUUUUAAGUAAUAAGAGUGAUGAUCUCAAGAGUGAGAUUGAAAAAGAUCUUAUGAAAACUCAACAGAGGUAUAAGAAUAAAAAUAGGAUUUAUGCCCUCAAUAAGACCAUAAUUCAAACUCAUAAGGGACCAGGAGGUUCGGUAAAGUCUACUGGCACUUCACCCAAAAUUAAUUAUUCUUCAGAUGAAGAAUACGGUACAGCAUCUGAGGGUCGUCAUCCGGAUAGUUUUGGCUUUGUGUCACCUAUGUCACCAUCAUCACCAGUGAUUGAAACCAAAGAGCGCACGAGCUCACGAUCAAGCUCACGGGCGGGAAGAUUUAAUAAAAGAAGCCUUUCGUCUCCCCCUAGUUCAAGACGUAGCACAAUGGAUAGUAUUAGGUUUGAUGAUGCUAUUAUCAGUAGUUCUGUUGACGAUGACAUGGAGAUUAGCAGUAUUUUGAGAAGUCGUCUUGCGACAGUCGAAAAAGAUCUUUGGAUAAUGCGUGAGGAGGCAGAAGAACGUGAGACCCGCAUGACUGAGUUGCUAAGAACAUUGGAUAAGACAGAGUCUGAACUCUCAACUCGAAUAAAGGAAGCUGAAGAUGCGCGAGAUUGUCUGGCCAUCGAAUUACAGGAGAAGACAAAACAGGCUGAUGCUCUAUAUGAACAACAAAAAAGUGAAAUCGAAAAUUACAAGCAAAUGAUAAAUUCCCUCGAGGACCGAUUAAAUCGUGGUAUCGAUGAGAAUGAUAUUUUAUAUAAGAAACUCCAAGAUAUUGAGAAUUCAGGACCAUCGAGUCUGUGCAGUCUCAGUAGAUAUAAAAUGAAACGCGUGGAUUCUCUCAGCGAUCUUACGAAUCUGAAUGACAUUGAUCCUUAUACUGUGGAAAGAGAUACUCUUGCAGAUGAAUACAGGGAAUUGAAGCAGCGCUUUGAAAAAGCCGUAAAUGAGAUCCGUCUUAUGAAAAGGGAGCUCAAAGAGUCUCAAAAUCAGUAUGAUAAUUUAGAAAUUAGUCAUGUCACACUGCAGAAUGACAUAGAUAAAAUUAAGAAGGACAAACACUCCCAACUAAAUAUGAUGGCAGCUCGAAUUCAGGAUCUCACAUUUAAGUAUCUUUCAGCAGAUCGUCAAAAUCGUGUACUAAAGCAAAAGAUUGCCAAGACAGAAAAACGAAGGUCACUGUCACUGAAGGGCAAAGAUGCCUUUUCUAUUCCCAAAGAGUUUGAGGAAAAAAUUACUGAGCUCGAAAUGAAGAUUGAUAAAAUCGAAGCGGGUGAUUUAGGUGUACAGGAACAUAAGGCACGUAGUAUUACGAAAAUACGAAGAAAGAGUCUCGAUGAUGAUGUUAAUUCUGUGAAGCCUGUUGAGCAAAUCCUGAGACUAAAUUCACUCGAAAGACGUGUAAAUAAUCUUAAAGGUAAGGCUCGAGAUUCAUCAACGGCAAAAAUCAAUAGAAAGGUAUCUGACCAUUCUAUUGAACGUCUCAAGAAUCUUGAGGAAGUCGUUGUUCUUGCUCUCCGUCAUGUUGAGCACAGCCUUAAAUUGAUUCAGGAGCGCCAAGAAAUACCCACAUUGGAUAAUGAUGUAGAAAAAAAUCUCCAAGUUGCCCUUGAGGUAUUAAAGAAUGCAUGCGAAAGCUGCGUAAGCGAAUCAACAAUAUCAUGUGAGGGUGAAAAAGUGAAGGAAAUUGUGGAAGGAAUGGAAGUGGAAUUGCGUGAAAAACUCUCUCAACUUCUCAAUCAGCGACACCAACUCAGGGCAAAGAGUCAACUGACGCAUGAACAGAACAUGAAACUCCUAGCGGAACGCAUUGGAUUUGAGAGUGUGCUAUUUUCCAGGUUGCACAAAGCCAUCAGUGGAGCAGAAACUCCCUCCACUCGUGAUGAUCACCUCAUCUACGCAGAAGUUAUGGAGACCAUUAGACUCAUGACAGCACUUCGGAAAAAAUUGGAUGGAGAGGAUACGGUUGUAUCUUUGGGCAAUAGCUGUGUAGAUGUCCUUACUAAAGUCCUCUGUAGACGGCUCCUACUUACAGCAAAUCGGUGCCGAGAUUAUGGAGAUUGUGCUAUAAGUAUAACUCUCCCUUCUACAGUAAUCGACAAUCUCAAGCGUCAACGAGAUGAUCUUCAAGUUGUUCUGGCUGAUUUCAAAGCACAGGCUAUGGAGAAAUUAGCUAUGGGAUUGGCAGUAGAAACCCUUGAUAGUAUUUCCAAUAAUAAAGCAAUCAAUGAUGCAAGCCAACAAGCUUGGCAACAUGCUCAAAUGGUUGUUAACAAUGAACUAAUCCGAUCAGAGAUUUCCCAAGUAUUUAGGAAUUGUGUCAAUCAAUACCAGAAUAUGACGAAGCCCGACAAGGCAGUAUCCAUCUCCUUUUCCCAAAUGAAAUGCUUUGAACAUUUCUCAGAUACAGUUGGAAUUUUUCUAAGGGAAGAAGUAGAUUCCACUUUAGUAGAGCUAAUGUCAAAGCAUCAAGAAGUUCUCGAAAAGAUACAAAAGGGUGAACUCAAGAAAAAGUCUCAAUCUUUAGAUGGACGGAGAUUGUUAAUUCAAUUAGCCGAUAUUUGCGCACAUCGUGCUAUAAUUGAUGCUCGAAUAAGUGUUCUUAGUGGGCAAUACACUGUUCCUUCGAUGGAUGAUAUGAUCCCAACAAGAGACACUAAUACGCCUUUCAAAGUUCCCGAUAUCGCCAAGUAUGAGGACAUAUUUUACCAAAUGGCUGAUGAUCUAAAUUUCAGCACUACGAGUCUCAUUGUAGAGGCUGACUGGAACUUUUUUGGUAGGCAUGUAGAAAAAAUUGAGGAAAAUUUUGUCUCAAAACAUGCGUCAACAAUGACAGAGACGGAUGUAAAAAGUGUUUCAACAGAGUCCGAACUCCAACAAGGAUGUGAUGAGUGUGAAGAGAAUCGGGAGAAGUUAAGCAAUUUAGGUAAACAACAUGAAGAUAGUAUAAAUGAUAUAUGCCAAAGCUAUAGCUACACAGUUGAAGUGUUGAAGCAGAAGCUGGAAGAUGAACAGCAUAUAAAUGAGAAUUACAGAAGUGAAAAUAUGAAAAUUAUUCAGCAACUCAAAGAGCUCACAAUUAAGCGGGAAACAAGGAAAACUGAACUCAUGGAAAUGACGGAAAAACUCAAUGAUAUCAGUUAUUCUUACAAAACUACAAAGUCUCAAUUUUCAAGCGAUGAAGUUGAUAGCAAGAGUCCCCAAGAGGAGUAUGAGUGUGAAAAAAGUCACCUUUUCCAACUAGAGAAGCAUCUUAAAGUUGUCAAUGAAGGUGACGAGAGAGCUAUUACGCCAGAAAAACAGAAAGAGGAUAGUUUGAGAAAACGCUAUCAAUCAGAAAUUGAGCAACUUAGAGCUUUAUGCGAGAAAGGCCUUGUGGCAAUGGAGUCUUCCCAUAGGCGAAUAAUCAAUGAAUUGGAGAAAAAACAUCAACAGGAACUGCAAGCAGUGCUUUGCGAGAAGGAACAAGCUCUAGCUGAAGAGACACAAGCGACAUUAGCAGCUCUGGAUGCAAUGCGUAAAGCACAUCAAAGUGAAGUACAGCGGGAAAUUGCUCGUUUUAAGCAGGACUUUAUGAAGCAAUUCCAAAAAGGUGGUUAUAAUUCAAUGGCAAUGGAACAUAAAGAGAAAGAGCAAGAAUUGGAAGAGGUACGACAAGAAAUUCUAUCACUAUCAGAAAAAUUCUCAAUGAAGUGUGUGGAAACAGCAUCACUCGAAGAAAGAAUUCAACAUUUAACACGACAGUUGUUAGCCUCCCAACAGCAAGUUCAACAACUUAAAUCGAGGGAUUACCAAAUGGAAUCUCACUUGCUUUCAAUGAAAGAUGAAAGGAAACUUGAGGAUUCCAAAAAUCAUGAAGGUGAAAGUGCAGUACCGAAUUAUGGUAAACAGACAGGUGUUAAUGAGAACACAGUAAUGCAAAAAGCAAAAGAAACACAUCCCAGAUUGAAGUUGAAUGAAGGCAUAAGACUAUCUCCAGUGAUUGGUCACGGAUCAUCAGUGACAUUAAUACCGUUAGAGAGGAUGAAGACUAAGGUGAUAUCAACAAAUAAUCUUAGUCUACGAUUGAGCAGAAAUCUUAGAGAUUUAUCAUCUAAAUACAAAGGUGAGAGUGAUGAUGAUCAAAAGGCGACCGGAGCAACAAACAAAACAGCAAAUCCUAUUAGUUCGCCUCCUCCCUUAAAUGAGAGGGACGCUGAACAUGUUCUGAGGAGAUUUGAAUUAGAAAUAUAGCAUUAUAUAAUUGUAAUUGAUGGAAAUUUCUUCCCUUACAAAUUGAAUUCACAAAACUUUAACUCGAACUUAUCCUUCCCGCUAAAAAUCAAGGUGCUAUGAGUGAUUUUCUUUUCUGAGACAAUACAAUUGUGGCCAAAUUACCUGUUAUUUUAUAUCAUCAUUAUUAAAAUAAAGCAAAUACAUAAUUGAAAUCAGCUAAAAAAUAAGUCAAUUGGCAUUGUACAUUUAUCAUUUUACAUAGUAAAAAAAAACAAGCACAUUGUAUUUAUUUUACAUUUUGCAAAUGAAACUAGCCUUAACCAUACAGUAUAUUUAAAAUGUACACUUCUUACAUAAGCCUAAACCCCAGUGUUAUUGUUAAGGGAUGGUUUUUAUUUCACAUUAUAAAAGAUACAUAACUAUUUGUAUGAAAAUCAUUUACUUUAAGGUGUUCCUUUCUUUUUUUUGUAAUAAAAGCGUUUUUUCUUGUGUUAAAAA